AUGGGUGAGCCAUCAAAAAGGACUGAAAAUGACAUCAUCAGGUUAUCACAAGCUAUGGAUUCCCUGGCUAAGUUAAUUAUUUCAAAGCGAAAAGAUGGUUCUCAGUUACAAGUAGAGUAUAACCGUAAGUUGAAAGAACUAGAGAAUUUCAUUAAUUUGUUACUUGGUUUAAAUGAAAACACUGGGAGCAAUGUGAUGAAUACCAGUGUUCUUGACGUAAUACUACGGAAUGGCAUAGAUAUCUUGGAAAAAGAUGACCAAAAAUAUGCCCUGAUACCGAUUAUACCUAAAACAGAAGUGGAUGCAAUAAAUAACGCUCAGGUUGCAACCAGCAAAAGAAGUGGUAAAAAGAAAAAGAACAAGAUUAAGUGUUCAUUUUGCCAUCAGGUUGGUCACACAAGAGCCCGUUGUGAUGUGAGAUUGACUGUGCUGCCAAAAGAAUGA